GAGAGACAGAGGAGGGGCGAGUGAUGUCCAGAGAUGGAAACACUCAAUGUAAUUUUCUGCAACAGACUCUAAACAGACAGAGUGAGAGAAACCAAACACAGAUCCAUAGAAAAGCAUUAAUGCUCAUCAGUCACCACAGAGAAAAAUGUCAGUGGAAGCAGGCAGCAUGGAAACCAUUGAGGUUCCUCAAGACAAGAUUGUCAAAAAGGGGUCCUUUAGGAAGAAGAUAGAGAAGCUGAGGAGAUGGAGCACUUCUUCAGGUGGUGGCAGCUUCAAACGGCCGCCCAAAACUAAAGCCCUCAGUCUGAACUCACCCACUGACCCUGACACAGAGCCCCUCGGAGUAGAGACGGAGCGCAGGAAACUCAGACCCAUUGUUGCAUCUGUCUUUGGUCAGGACAGAAAUCUUCGGCCAGAGGAAAUUGAAGAGUUAAAAGAAGCCUUCAGAGAAUUUGACAAAGACAAGGACGGCUUCAUUAGCUGUAAAGAUCUGGGCGAGUGUAUGAGGACGAUGGGCUACAUGCCCACAGAAAUGGAGCUGAUUGAACUCAGUCAGCAAAUCUGUGGCGGGAGAGUGGACUUCGAGGACUUUGUAGACCUGAUGGGUCCAAAGAUGCUGGCUGAGACAGCAGACAUGAUCGGAGUGAAAGAACUCAGAGAUGCUUUUAGAGAGUUUGACUCCGACGGUGAUGGUCAGAUCAGUCUGGCUGAACUGAGGGAAGCUAUGAAGAAGCUGAUGGGAGAGCAGCUCAAACAAAGAGAGAUUGAUGAGAUCCUCAGGGAUGUUGACAUCAAUGGAGACGGACAGGUUGACUUUGAAGAGUUUGUCCGAAUGAUGUCUCGCUAACUAAGAGGACUCAUGAACAAAGAAGAGAACAAUCAGUUUGCCAACUCCAAACGUGAAGAGUGAAAUAUUGCAUCUGCUUUAGUUAACUACCUAAUUAAAUGAUUUAAACCAUACUCUUUCUACAUACAGGGACCUUUAGUUUACAUAUUUGCUUGCUUUUAUGACAAAGAGUAAAAGUGUGUUUUUUUAUUUAAUUUAUUUUAUCAUUUUGGUCUGAAAUAAAAAAUAAAAAAAUUAAGGAGUUAAUUACAGAAUGUUCAAUGUUUCCACAUGUGUUCAGAAUUGUAAGGGUACAAAUGUAAAGGGAUGUUAAUCCUGUGGCAAAACAGAGAAACAAAUAGAGACAUAAUUAGCAUAGCAUUUUGGACUACCUGUAGCUUGUUUAUUGAAGAUGCAGGACAACCACCUAGAAGUGCAUUACAAUAGACCAGUCUAGAGGAACUAGCUUUUCUGCAUCAGAAACAGGUCACAUGUUUCAUAGCUCGUAGAUUGUAAGAAAGACAACUAUAAGAAGAGCCAACGGCCCCAUUAGAGACUGUAAUAAUUGUUGGUCAAUGUGAGUCAAAAAAGGUUCCCCACCUGUAAUGAGGACAAGUAAUGCAAGAAAUUGAUCAUAACCUUGAUGAAUUGCAUGCAUGAAAUAUAAACAUUCAUGAACAUA